CUGACCAAUGGGGCUCUCCUCUUCCUGGCUCCGCCCACACCGCCCGUCGGGGUAUAAAAGGGUCGGUCAGGAAUUAGUCAGCACACAGCUUGAGUUGCAUCAGAGGUUCCUUGUCACAGCCGGGAAGAUGAAGACUGUGUUGGUGCUCGUGGCUGGCCUGAGCCUCCUGCUGGUGGCCACGGAGGCCGCUCCUGCAUCUGGCGCCGUGGAGCUGUUCUCCUCCCUGCCGGAGUCACGGGUGGAGAGAUCUGCUCUCGGAAGAUGCUGCCCCUGCCCGGAGAUCAUCCGCACCACCAUCAUCAUCAUCGAGACCACCAGAUACCCAACUCGAAGUGGCGCCGGCGGCUUCGGCGGCUCGCGCCAGUGCUGCCCCUGUAGGCCCCACGGAUAACACCGUGCGAUGUAUACAGCUUCUCCCUCAUCUGCCUUCAUGGUCUCUCCAUACAUGGGCCAGAGACGUUGUCGUGUUCCCGUAAUACUGACAUGGGGGUGGAGUAUAGUUAGGUUAUCCUCAGAUAAUAAUAAUAAUAAUAAUUUUUAUUUAGGUAAGGUACAUACAUACAAGAGAUUUUACAAAGUUUGUUGGAUUAAUAGAUAGAGCUGGUACAUACAAUGCCUAUCUGUCUACAAAGAUGAGGCACCCUGUGCCUCAUACGUCUACAAGCACCCAUACGUCUACAAGAUGAGGGAACCAUGGGUAUCAAUAUCCAGAAAUAGUCAGUAAGUUCUUAUUGCUUGUACAGUUACUGGUACCUGUUACCACCUUGUAGCCAGCAUCUGUGCUGACCUAGACAGUGCCUCUUACAGCUCUAGUCUCAGUACUUACGGACUUUAUUUGUGAAUAAAAGAAAUGUAACCCUU